UUUUGAGGCCUGCGGCGUUAUGGCCGAGCGGCCGGAGGACUUGAACCUGCCCAACGCCGUGGUCACACGGAUCAUUAAAGAAGCCCUCCCCGACGGCGUGAACGUCUCGAAAGAGGCCCGGAGCGCUGUGUCCCGGGCAGCCAGCGUCUUCGUGCUCUACGCCACGUCCUGUGCCAACAAUUUUGCCAUGAAGGGGAAGCGGAAGACGCUGAACGCAGGGGACGUGCUCUCGGCCAUGGAGGAGAUGGAGUUCCAGAGGUUCCUCGCCCCGUUGAAGGAGUCCUUAGAAGCUUACAGAAGUGAGCAGAAAGGGAAAAGAGGCGCCUUGGAGCUCAAAAAGAAGGACCGAGACAAGAAGGAGGGCUCUGAAGACCCCGAAAAGAUCCAGGAAGAGGAGAACGAGGAGGAGAGGAUGAUGGAGGAGGAGGAGCAGAACGAGGAGGAAGAGGAGAACGAGGAGGAGGGCUGAGGUAGCACAGGAUCCAUUGCCUCCUGCCAAAGGACUCCCUCAAGCUGCGGCCAUUGUUUGGCUGGAAGGCACCACACCGAAGUCUCAGGCUGCCUCCAGCCACUCCUAGUGCUGUAGUCUUGCUAAAGAGCCCCCGUCUUCCCACAGACUUCUGGACAGCUUUUUAUAUGCAAAACAGUGUGUCUUGAUCCCAUAAAAGGAUCUUUUAGGGCUCCUGGGGUCAUGCCUGGUGUUGGAUUUGGGGGGCAAAAAUGGGUAACAUGAAGGGAGGGGGCAUUGGGGAAUGGGCAGCCCUAGGCUUGGGCCUCCUUUCCUCCUCCCAAGUCACUUCUCUCACAAUGUGCCUUCUCUUUGGGGCAAGAAGGUUUGGGCAUUUUGUUUUUCCCAGAGUUCACUGCUCUGACCAUUCCGUUGUAUUUCCAGUAUCUGAGUCUUAUUUUUGUGUUUCAAUAAAGGUGCUGAACCACUUCAGAA